UAACAAAACCAGACCAAACCGGUUUGACUGAAAGCAAAACUCAGUGGCUCCGUUCAGUGAGUCUCAGUGGGCUCUAGCUCUUCUUUUUUGGGCAGAGUUUGGAGAGAAAGCACAGAGUUAAUUAUGAAGUACAUAAUUUACUUCCUAACUUGAUGACGAAGGACUUUUCAGUUAGAAGAUGGAAAUGUCCACUGCAGUUCCCAGCAGUCCCACUGAGACCAACAUAACAGCUCAGACUGGAGGAAACAUCUGUGCGCCUGUUCUCCAUGGAAGUCAUUUUCAAGGUCCUGUAAAUAUUACCAUUAUACAUGGAGGCCAGGAUGUCUGCAGUUCAAGUAGCAACAAUGUUCAUGCUGGAGUCUCUCCUUGUGUUCCUGCUCUCACUGAAGAUUUGAUAACUGUAUACAAGGAUUACAAAGAAAAACUGGGGAACAAAUCUAAAAGAAUUAAUGAAGGAAUCUCACAACAUGGAACAUUACACCAUCUGAAUGAGAUCUACACAGAGCUCUACAUCACAGAGGGAGGGAGUGGAGAGGUCAAUAAAGAACAUGAGGUCAAACAGAUUGAGACAGCAUCCAGGAGACCAGCAACAGAGGAGAAACCCAUCAAAUGCAGUGACCUCUUUAAAGACAAAUCCAUCAGAACUGUGCUGACUAAAGGAAUUGCUGGAAUUGGAAAAACAGUCUCUGUGCAGAAGUUCAUUCUGGACUGGGCUGAAGGAAAAGCAAAUCAGGACGUCCACUUCAUAUUUCCACUUCCAUUUAAGGAGCUGAAUUUGAUGAAGGAGAAGAAACUCAGCCUGAUGGAGCUUCUUCAUCACUUUUUCCCAGAAACAAAAGAAUUACUAUUAGUAGAUUGUAUUUCCCACAAAGUCAUGUUUAUCUUUGAUGGUCUGGAUGAGUGUCGACUUCCUCUAGAUUUCCAGAACAAUGAGAGCUUGUUAUAUGUAACAGAUUCAGCCUCAGUGGAUGUGCUGCUGACAAACCUCAUCAAGGGAAAUCUACUUCACUCUGCUCUCUUCUGGAUAACCUCUCGACCAACAGCAGCCAAUCAGAUCCCUCGUGGAUGUGUUGACCUGGUGACAGAAGUACGAGGGUUCAGUGACCCUCAGAAAGAGGAGUACUUCAGGAAGAGAAUCAGUGACCAGAGCCUGGCCACUAAAAUCAUCUCACACAUGAAGUCCUCAAGAAGCCUCUACAUCAUGUGCCACAUCCCAGUCUUCUGUUGGAUUGCAGCCACUGUUCUAGAGAGACUGUUGGGUGAAGCAGAGAGUGGAGAGAUCCCCAAGACUCUGACUCAAAUGUUUACACACUUCCUGAUCUUUCAGAUCAAACACAAGGACCAAAAGUACCAUGGGAAAUGUGACACUGAUCCUCAGCAGACUAGAAAGAUGAUUCUGGCACUGGGAAAACUGGCUUUCCAACAGCUGGAAAAAGGCAAUCUGAUCUUCUAUGAGGAAGACCUGAGAGAGUGUGGCAUUGAUGUCAGAGAAGUGUCAGUGUACUCAGGAGUUUGUACUCAGAUCUUCAGAGAGGAAUUUUGGAUGUACCUGGGGAAGGUGUUCAGCUUUGUGCACCUGAGUGUUCAGGAGUUUCUGGCUGCUUUAUAUGCAUUUCUCUCCUUCAUCAGCAGAGAUGAAACAAAAGAGUUUACCUCUGAUCUCUGUUGUAUUUUCAAAGAGUCCAAAAUGUCAGACUUCCUCAAGUCUGCAGUGGACAAGGCCUUACAGAGUGAGAAUGGACACCUGGACCUUUUCCUCCGCUUCCUUCUGGGCCUCUCACUGGAGUCCAAUCAGACUGUCUUACGAGGCCUACUGACACAGACAGGAAGCAGCUCUCACAGCAAAGGGGAAACAGUCCAGUACAUCAAAGAGAAGAUCAGGGAGAAUCCCUCUCCAGAAAAAUCCAUCAAUCUGUUCCACUGUCUGAAUGAACUGAAUGAUCAUUCUCUACUGCAGGAGGUCCAAACAUACCUGAGUAAGAAGGAUUACAGUCGUCUCCGUGGACUCAGUCUGUCUCCUGCCCAGUGGUCAGCCCUGGUGUUUGUGUUACUGAAUUCAGAAGAAGAGCUGGAUGAGUUUAACUUGCGUAAAUAUGACAGAUCAGAGGAAUGUCUUCUAAGGUUACUGCCAGUCAUCAAAGCAUCCAGAAGAGCUGUAUUGUGUAAUUGUAGUCUCACAGAGAAAAGCUGUGCAGCUCUGUCCUCAGCUCUCAGCUCAAACUCCUGUAUGAGAGAACUGAACCUCACUAACAAUGACCUGCUGCAGGAUUCGGGAGUGAAGAAGCUCUCUACUGGUCUGAAGAGUCCUCACUGUAAACUGGAGAUACUGAAGCUGUGUGACUGUAAUCUCACAGAGGAAAGCUGUGCAGCUCUGUCCUCAGUUCUCAGCUCAAAAUAUUCAAGUCUGAGAGAACUGAACUUGAGUUACAAUGAACUGCUGCAGGAUUCAGGAGUGAAGCUGCUUUCUGCUGGACUGGAGGAUCCACACUGUCAGCUGGAGAUACUUGGGCUGUCUAACUGCAGUAUUACAUACAAAGGCUGUGCUGCUCUGGCUUCAGCUCUAAAAUCAAACCCCUCCUCUCACCUGAGAGAGCUGAACCUGAAUCGCAAUAAACUAGGGCAGUCAGGUAUGAAGCUGCUCUCUGAUCUACUGGAUGAUCCACAUUGUAAACUGGAGGCAUUACACAUCUGAACGCCAUCCAACUGAUUUGCUCUCACACCCAGAGGGCUAUGAGGACAGGAUGAAGUCUUAGUACAAACACACACACUCAGUAUAUGCUUCUACAUGGUACCGUGUGUGUUUGGAUUCCUGCCUGUGAAAUCUGUGAACUCGACUGUGGUCAAGUCAUAACAUCACUUUCUGUGCAUCAGUGGCUGUAACUCCAGCGACCCGUCUGUCAGACUACUCACGUUGGUGGAUGACCCCACACUGGUGAUAAGAAUGUGUACAUGAGUUCAACAUGCUAAACUCAUAAUAGCUAUAAUAGCUUUACUGAAUAGUGACAGAAUUCAUAAUGAGGAUGCCCUGGUUUUUACAGAAAAAGAAAGCUGCCUUUUGUAUUUCAGUGAUAUUUAUAUAAAUUUGUAUAGUUUUUUGAGAAAAAAAUCUCAUCAGUGCUUUUUAUAUUCUUUCAUAUGUGAAUUCCACUUUUUAUGUUACGAAAGUGACUUUGGUUUGUGAAAGUAUUUGUUUUUCAGCUACAGCACAGCUAAGCUAAAUUCUCGGAAGAAAACAAACUGUGAUGAUCAAUGGAGAGCUUUGACGUUUACUUUUUUAAUUUGGGGAAAUAAAGUUGUGAAGAUGAAGGAACUCACUGCUUUAGGCUCAAAUUGUAUUAUCUUCUUAUAUGGGUGCAAAUGAAAUGCACUUCCAACCUUGUGCCCUGUUGGAACCCUGAUGCACCAAAUAGCAGAUACUGGCCUUCUGCAAACACCUUCCUGUAAAUACAGAAAACAUGGAGAGGCAUCUUUUAGUUUUUAUGUUUCUAAACUCAAUUCCACCUUCUAUUAGACAGUCAAGCUCUAUUCACAUGUUUAAG